AUGGAGGACGCUGGCGACUUCAUGGGUGAAACCACGAUGGCAGAGAUCGUUGGCGGCGAGGAGGGCAGGCGGCAAGCGCUGAAAGCGCAGGCUGCUAGGCAGAUGGCGUGGCUCAAGAGGAAGCGAGAGGGUUCCAAUUCAAGUAGUUGGCAUCCACCCAAGCGGCAUCGCAAGUCAGCAUACCAGUUCACGUGUUCGGAGCACAAUGCGAUGCUCAGGUUUCUCCCCGCUGGCCUUCUACACUUUCAGAUUCCAUCAGACCCUAAGGAUCUUCAGCCUCCAGCGAAGUGGCCUCGCUUAUCGAUCAGCCCAGACCAAGGCAGCGACGGGGUGGCAGCCAUUUCCCAUUGGCUUCACAUGGGGAUCAACGUGGACCCUGCCUGGGACUUCAGCCACGGUGUCCACAGCGAUAUCUACGGUGGGCUGGAAGCCGCUGGCUUGGGAACUCACAUUACUAUGUCUCUGUUGCGGAUCAACGUGCCAGUCUCGCCGUGGGACGAGAACCUUCGUUGGGGCCAGGUCACUGGAGUUUUGAAGGAGGCCUUUGCUACUACGGCAGCGAUGGGCAAUUAUUUCUUCCAGGAUUUCGUCGAUGAGAUGUUGUCAGAGCCUGCAGGGCAACCGUUCGCGGGGUGCGAAGACCCCGCCAGCGCACUCUGGGCGCACUUGUGUGAGUCCAAUGCCUUCAGCACCAGGGGGGGCAAGACGUUGAAGAACCGUUUCUUGGCAGUUAUUCGGAAGCUCCGAUCGGAGCUGAAUCAUUCAGCUCAGAGGAAGUUCGGCUACUUGUUGACGUGCGUCGAGAUGGGCAUGGUCGGCAAUGCAAGGUUUGCUCGUCUCGUGAGGUCGGGCGCUGAGCUCACGCGGACCACCAACAGUCGCGUGGAGACUGAUGAGGGGAAGAGCCUGCGGAAAGGGCCCGAUACCACGAUGCUCGACAAGAUCGUUGUCGGCGCCUCGGAACCGUGCGGGCAGUGGUUCGGCAUGAGCAACGCAGGGCUCCGCGAUACUUCCAAGACAGCGCCAUGGCUGAAGAGGCAGAUUUCAGGAGAGUUGCUGGCACACCUGAGGGACGCGAUCUCGGUGAUCUCGAAUGCGUCAAAGCUCCAGGAGUUCGACUUCAUCCUUCCCACUGGGCACAACAUCGCGAACAUGCCUCGCGAGGAUCACGAAGCCAGGGAGAAUGACAUGAUGCAGAAAUUGGCCCACGCGUGCGUCGGCAUCGUGGGGUCCCGUGUGAAGAGGUCCCUGUGGAUGCUGCAGGGCUGGAACUCCCGUUCAGUUUUCUUCACGGAGGACUCCGCUUUCGCUCGUGCAGAGGUUGAUCGCAUGAAAGCAGACUACGACAACUACCAGGUGAUCAAGCGGAACAACGACGUGGAAGGGCUGAGCUUUUUGGUGUCUCGCAGCUCGCGGGAGCGGACGUCGCAGCAGCAGGUGUACGGAGUUCUGGAGAGCGACGGUUUCGUCAUCACAGAGAAGGUUCAUACGUUUUUCAAGCAGUGCCACAGCAGGGUCAUCGGCUCCCAGAUCGUGGAAGACGGCUUCAACGACCAGAAGAACAGCGUCCCACAUAAGAAUAGGAAUGGUACGAUCGAGACUGCGCCCCAUACGUUGUUCGACAAACGAGUGGCGUCUAAGAAGCACGAUUUCACUGAACUGACUUUCCCGAAAUCCAAGUUCACACGUGACCUCAAGGUGCCUGUUGAGGCUUACAGGCCAGCUUUCUUGAGCAUGCCGCAGGUGUUCUCCAAUGUUACGUCUGCCCAGCAGGCGACGCCUUGGUACUCACCGAAGGCGAAUGAGUGGAGCGCCAGAUUUGCGGAUUCGGUCAUCAUAGAGCAUGCUGUUCGUUUCGAUCGCUUGGACAAGAUCCAGCACGCCUGGCAUGGCGAGAUGUUCAUGACCACGUCGAAGUUUGCCGUUCGGUGCAAGCUGGGAGGUGCAGCAACGCCGUGGCUCUUGCCUCUCACUCACUUCCCGAAGAGCGCCGCGGUUGCGUGGCCUCUUCAGGAGCAUGCGCCUGCGGGUGGAGGCUUCACGUUCAUGAGGUUGUCCGCAGAUGUACCCGACUUGAGGGAGUUGCUUCAUGCGGUGGUUGACCCGAGCGAUUGGGAGGCGAUCCCAGUGGAAUGGGUAUCAGUUUAUUCUCAGUGUCUUCUCCUUGGAGAUCAGGGUCCGAGACAGUUGCCAGGUGGCCUUGGCGGUAGGCUUCGUGUCGUCGGACCUCCUGGGCCUCUCCUUGCAGUCGCUGCUCGCACGUGCUUCCUUGGCAUGAAUAAGACGCAGCUGGUCAGGCUGAUGAAGUACCAGGGGGUCGCGUCCGAGGGCUCCACUUUGUACGAGGUCUUGGAGGCGCUCAUCAAGCACAACCUCAGCGAGCCCGACCGCCCCCUGAGCGAGGAAGAGUUGCUGGAGAUCAUGGCGAUCAGGAUGGUCCAGUCAGUCUCGAAUCAGAACGCUGCCCUGGAUACCUUCAUGCACGUCGAGGGCUCGAACCUUCUGUUCUGCCCUGAGGACCGCGACAGCUGGACGACGACAGCUAACGUACACAGGCGGGCCAUGCAGGAGCGCGACGACUUCACCAGAGAUUGGACUGCGAAACGGAACGCCGUUCGAGGUCCUCCCGAGCCAGCCCACGUGGGCAAGGGCAAGGGCAAGGGCAAGGGCAGAGGCAAGGGGGGUGCUUUGCCAGGUGGAGGCGGGCCUCCUAAGAAGAUCCCUGCGGGCGACAUCGCCCAGGCGCAGAUUCGCCAUCUUGUUCCGCCUGGAGCACACGUGUGGCGCGCCAACGUGCAGGGGUCCUGGAACGGCCACCUGAAGCCGUUCAGCAGGUUCAGUGCUUCGUGGCAGUUGUAUGGCCAUCGUGAGAGCUUGCUCAUGGCGUUGCGGGGCCUCUGGUCCAAGUAUUUGACUGGGGAGGGAUUGGGCACUGAGCAGUGCCCGAUUGCAGGCCUCUUCGACGAUGGGCCCGCUGGCAUUCCUUAG